AUGCCGUGCGAGGAUUUUGCAGCUUCUCUUUGGGGAGGCAGCGGAUGUCUGUGGAGGAGAAGGCCUCCCUGGGCAGCCUACGCCGGCCUAGGGGGGGGAAACGGCGCAGGUAGCAGCAGCCUCUACAGAGCAUGUCAGGAAGUACGGCGGCUAACUCAGUGCGUGGAAAUUGCGGGGCUUUGCCACGACGUUGGUCAUGGGCCCUUUAGCCACUCCUUUGAGGCAGACUUCAUCAAUCAGCUCAGAGGCCAUCUGCCAGGUGCGCCAUACGCACACGACGCAUGCGCAGGCACAGAUGCGGGAGGCCUCUCGGGGAGUUUCUCUCCAGCUGACCAUGUGGCGCCAAAGUGGUGCCAUGAGUGGAUGAGCAAAGAAAUGGUUGACAGACUCCUGGGAGACAUCAUCGACAGAGGCGGACAAACUGAAUUCGAAGUCGCAGACAUUCAAGUCAUCAAAACCAUGAUCGAAGGUGUCGACCCCAAGUGGAAGGGGCCCCCAAGCUGGGAACCUAUCGACGCCCUCACUCGAGCUGCCUUCGACAUUGUGGCCAACAAGCGGACCGGCCUGGACGUCGAUCGUCUUGACUACCUUUGUCGCGAUUCUUCAUUACUGCCACCCCAAAAUUCGCUGCCAUCUCCCUCCCCCAUGCGCCUGCUAAUGCAUUCGCGCGUCAUCGGAGGGGAGAUCUGCUUCAACGUUAGCGAGCUGCACGCGGUCUUUGGGGUUUUCUACACCCGAUACUCCCUCUUCAACUUGGUUUACCUUCAUAAGAAGGUGCGAGCUAUUGAGCUGAUGAUCGCCGAGGCUCUGCGGGAAGCAGAUCCAGUAUUUCUCUGGAGCGAAGCCGUUCAUGACGUAGACGAGUUUCUGACGCUCACAGACGAGGGUUUAUUGCGAGACAUCCUUCGGCAUCCGGUAAUCACGGGUCGACAGCCUCUCGCGUCUUCUUCCUUGACAACGGAUCACUUUGAGGCACUGCAGCGCGCCAACGUCCUUUUACGGAAGGUUACUCACGGACGAAAAAGCGGAGACCUCUACAGGGUAGUCAGCACUGCCAACUUUGGGCACGACAGAAACAUGGCCGAAAUUCGGGAUGUCUGUACACCCGAGCUCAUCGCCCGGCUCUCGCACGGAAAGGUGCACGCCGAAGAUAUUGUGCUUGACUGUAGGGCGAAAAAAUGUGCAAAGCUUUUUAAGAGGCUAAAAUAUCAAAAAGCGGCCAUGGAUACGUCCAUGUGCCCCUUCGACACAGACGCGAUCUGA